CGACUCAGACGACAAUAAAAUUCGUGGUACAGUUUUGCUUCAACUGCGAUACGCGUAUGUCGUGUAUUUUCGUGUAUUUUCGUGUUUGUAAUAGUAACCUUUUCUAUUCGUAUCCAAUUCAAAUAUUUUCUCAAUAAUCAAAGAUCAUGGUGAAUUAUUCGUAUUAUUACGUGAAGACGAUCGGUGAAGAUAGCGAUAAUGCAAAAACUUAUAAAUUUAUGAAGGGAAACACCAAACUACAUGAGACACCUAAAGAUGUCUGGUCGACUAUCGGAAGAUACGGCCUUCGUUCGAGAUUACUUAGAGGAGGACUUUCCGGUUCUGGAGACGUUUAUCAUCCUGCCAAUGUUAUUUUCAAGACAACGGAAAAGCCGACAAUCAACUUGGAGAAUCUUCUUUUCGAGAUUUGAGAAGAGCUCGCGAAGAAAACGUGACACGUGCCUCGUUGACCAAGUG